AUGGCAACUUUUGAAAGAACACAUUGUGUUCUCAAUCAUGUUCUCUUUCAUAUAAUGUUAGUAUUGAUGUUCUUGCUUUCACGGAAAAUCACAGCUUCUCCAACAACAGAAGCUGAAGUCCUUGUGAAAUGGAAAAACAGCCUGCUAUACACUCCUUUUCUAAAUUCAUGGUCCCUCUCCAAUAUUCACAACCUUUGCAGUAGUUGGGAUGCCGUUGUUUGCGACAAAUCAACAAACACAAGUGUCUCAGAGAUAUACCUUUCUGGUUUCGAUCUCAGUGGCACCCUUCAUGGCUUGGAUUUUGCUUCCCUACCAAACCUGACUCACCUUGACCUCAAUGAUAACAGCUUUAUUGGGUCAAUACCACCUCAAAUUGGCAGCCUCUCCAAACUCAUUUUCUUGGACUUUGGAAGCAACAACUUUUCAGGGACAGUGCCAUAUGAGAUAGGACAUUUAAGGGAACUCGAAUAUCUCAGCUUCUACGACAACAGUUUCAAUGGUGCUAUUCCCAAUCAGGUCAUACGUCUCCCAAAGGUAUGGUACCUUGACUUUGGAGCAAACUACUUUGCAUCUCCUACUCACUGGUCUGACUAUUCAUGCAUGCCUUCCUUAACAUACCUUGACUUGUCUUACAAUUCAUUCACUCCCGAAUUCCCAAGUUUCAUAAUGAAGUGCCACAACUUGACUUUUCUAGAUCUCUCUUUCAACUAUUUUAAUGGCACAAUACCAGAAUCAUUGUAUACCAAUUUGGCCAAGCUUCAAUACCUGAACCUCACAGGUUGUGGGAUGGAAGGACCAUUGUCGUCCAACUUGUCCAAGCUCUCAAACCUCAAAGAGCUUCGUAUGGGUGGCAACAACUUCACUGGUCCUAUUCCCAAAGAAAUAGGAUUCAUAGCUGGGCUUCAAAUUCUGGAUUUGCAUAACAUUUCAGCCCGCGGGGAAAUUCCAUCAUCCCUAGGCCAACUCAUGCAGCUAAGACGUCUUGAUCUAAGUAUUAAUUUUUUGAACUCUUCAAUCCCUUUGGAACUUAGCUCAUGCAUUCAUCUAACCUACGUAGACUUAUCAAGCAAUAAUCUAGCAGGUCCCUUGCCUAUUUCGUUCUCGAAUUUGACCAAGCUCUCUGAAUUGGGAUUAUCAUAUAAUUCCAUUUCUGGUCAACUCUCUGCCUCACUAAUUUCUAAUUGGACUGAGUUGAUAAGUCUGCAACUCCAACAAAACUUGUUGACAGGAAAGGUCCCCCCAGAAAUUGGUCUGUUAAAGAAAAUCGAGUACCUCUUUUUGUACGGCAAUGAAUUUUCUGGUCCCAUUCCUAAAGAGAUUGGAAGCAUGAGGGAAAUGAUAAAUUUAGACUUUUCUGAAAACCAUUUUUCUGGUACAAUUCCCUCAACAAUUUCGAAUCUUACAAACAUUGAACUGAUGAAUCUUUUCAUGAAUGAGCUCACUGGAACCAUACCCAGAGAAAUAGGGAACCUCAAGUCACUGGAACUCUUUGAUGCCAACAGUAAUAAUUUGGAGGGAGAGUUGCCGAACAGCAUAGCUCAACUAACUGCUUUAGAAUACUUUUCUGUGUUCUCCAACAACUUGUCAGGCAGCGUCACCAGAGAUUUUGGGAAGUACAGUCCUAAUUUAAGUACUGUUUAUCUUUCUAACAACAACUUCUCAGGACUACUGCCACCUGACUUGUGCAGUGGCAUGAAGCUAUCUGGUUUGACAGUCAGUAACAACAGCUUUUCGGGGAUUUUUCCAAAGUCCUUGAGAAAUUGUUCAACACUAACUAUAAUAAGGCUUGAUGACAAUCAUUUCUCUGGAAACAUCACAGAAGCACUAGGGGUUUAUCCAAGUCUUGGUUUUCUAGACCUGCGCUCUAAUGAAUUCACGGGAAAUAUACCCCAUAGAUUUUUCAGAUUGGCUAAUCUUACCUUCCUUGAUUUAUCUAAUAACAACUUGAGUGGAAGCAUUCCUAAUGACUGUGAAACAUUCAAUGCAAGCUCUCUUGAAAUUCUCAACUUGUCUCACAACAACUUGACAGGAACAAUUCCACAAUGUUUGGCAACCUUACCCUCUCUCACAGUUUUGGAUUUGCAAAGGAACAACCUUUAUGGAACCUUACCAGGAAGCUUCUCUAAAGGUAAUGUUUUAUUUACUAUAAAAUUGAAUGGCAACCUCUUGGAGGGACCGUUACCCAAGUCUCUGGCCCACUGCACAAAACUACAAGUUCUGGACGUUGGAGAAAAUAGCAUAGAGGACACAUUUCCUAGUUGGCUAGGAUUGCUUCAAGAGCUACAGGUACUCAUUUUACGAGCAAAUAAAUUUUAUGGUACCUUCAGUAACUCCUCCAACAUUACAGAUGCACAUGCAUUUCCAAAGUUGAGAGUUUUUGAUGUCUCCAACAACUAUUUUAGUGGGUCCUUGCCAGUAUCAUUCUUGAAGAACUUUCAAGGAAUGAUGAAUGUCAAUUACACUCAAACUGGGUUGCAAUAUAUGAGUGCCAAUUAUUCUGGCUAUCGAUCAUAUUUUGCUUCAAUAGUGGUCAACAUGAAAGAUCACUCAGUAGAACUAGUGAAAAUAUUGAUGACUUUUACAACUAUAGACUUGUCAAAUAACUUACUUGAGGGUGAAAUUCCACAAGUAAUUGGAGAAUUAGAUUCUCUCAAAGGGCUCAAUCUCUCACAUAAUGGAAUAACUGGCACCAUCCCACAAACUUUGGGUAACUUGAGAAAUUUGGAAUGGCUGGACCUCUCAUGGAAUCAGAUCAGGGGAGAGAUUCCUUUGGCCUUAAUAAAUUUGAAUUUUCUCUCGGUCUUAAAUGUUUCACAAAAUCAAUUAGAGGGAACUAUACCUACAGGUGGCCAAUUCAACACAUUUCAAAAUGACUCCUAUGUGGGAAAUGCAAUGUUAUGUGGACUCCCUUUGUCAAAAUCAUGCAGUGGUGCCAAUGAUGACAACGGAUAUACCUCAUCAUCUAUGACAUUUGAGGAUGAAGAAACAUUUGGAUUUGGCUGGAAAUUUGUUGCAGUGGGAUAUGCAUGUGGAGUGGUGGUUGGAGUGCUCUUAGGAUGUUACCUUUUCCACACUGGGAAGCCACAAUGGCUUGCAAGGCUUUUAGGUAUCCGUAUACCAAAUAAGAGAGUCAAAAGGAAAAACAACAAAAACAGAGUGCAUGUGAAAACUCUUCAGACUGCCCCUACUUUUGUUGAGGAAGUUCAAGAAAAUGAAGCUGUGGAUCUAUGGCCGAAGAUGAAGGAAGAGGCUGAAAUUGAUGUAAAUAAGGAACCUAUUCUGAAUAGUUACUACCAAUCCUCAAUUCUGUCUCAUGAUUCAUUGGAAUCUGCUUUGGCCAAUUACCUCGCUAACAGAUUAAGCAGUGCAAGCCUUCCAAGUAGCACACUCUUUGAUCUUUUUGUUGGGAUCUUGAAAUCUGACCAAGAAAUCAUGGAUUCUGUGAAGGAUGAUCUUAAAGCAGUUAAAGAAAGAGACCCUGCUUGCAUAAGCCAUGGGUCAAAAAUCUUCAGAAACAAUUUCACUGAUGGUGUUUGCAAGUACCAGGUGAAAACUCUUCAGACUACCCCUACUUUUGUUGAGGAAGUUCAAGAAAAUGAAGCUGUGGAUCUAUGGCCGAAGAUGAAGGAAGAGGCUAAACUUGAUGUAAAUGAGGAACCUAUUCUGAAUAGUUACUACCAAUCCUCAAUUCUGUCUCAUGAUUCAUUGGAAUCUGCUUUGGCCAAUUAUCUUGCUAACAGAUUAAACAGUGCAAGCCUUCCAAGUAAUACACUCUUUGAUUUUUUUGUUGGGAUCUUGAAAUCUGACCAAGAAAUCAUGGAUUCUGUGAAGGAUGAUCUCAAAGCAGUUAAGGAAAGAGACCCUGCUUGCAUAAGCCAUGUGCAUUGCUUCUUGAACUUCAAAGGCUUCUUAGCAUGCCAAUCUCAUAGAGUUGCCCAUAAGCUAUGGCUUCAAGGAAGAAAAGUCUUGGCAUUUAUGAUCCAGAACCGAGUUUCCAAGGUUUUCGCGGUUGGUAUUCAUCCCAGUGCUAAGAUUGGAAGCGAGAUUCUGCUUGAUCAUGUAACUGGAUUAGUGGUUGGUGAAACUACAGUGAUUGGUAACAAUGUGUCAAUUUUGCAUAGUGUGACUUUGGGUGGAACUGGUAAAGCUUCUGGUGAUAGACAUCCAAAGAUUGGUGAUGGAAUUUUGAUUGGUGCAUGGACUUGUAUUUUGGGGAACAUUAAGGUUGGUGAAUGUGCUAAGAUUGGUGCUGGUUCUGUGGUGAUUAAGGAUGUUCCUCCUAGGACUACUGUUGUUAGUGAUUUUGUUAUGCUGCUGUUUUGAAUUAAUUUAGGGGUGAUUAUUUGUUAUGCUACUGUUUUGAAUUAAUUUAGGAGUGAUUAAUGAUUAUUUCUAGUUGUAUUGUUGCUGUUUACACCAUUGCUCUUUUCACUAUUUAACUUUGUAUUUUGAUAAGAUCAUAUGGAUUUGGUUGACAUUUCAUAUGUUUU